AUGAUCAAUGGUUGCGGGAUCGAGGUAGCCGUGGCCGGAUGCGGAAACCCGACAACUUUUUUCUAUAUCUUUGAGUUCUGUGGUCUGCUAGUUGCCGAGCAAUUCUUUCCCCCAACUGUUGUCUUUGGUCCUUUCGAUCCCCCAUCCCCCAAGAUGAAUCGCGCAGGUGCUAUCACCAUCGAUCUACCCCGAGUAAACCCAUUUGGCGAACCACCUGCUCGCGGUAAUCGCUCUGGAGGUCAAUCCGAUGCUCGUUCCCAACGAAAUCGUCCUUCAGCCGGCAGGCAAGCUGGCGGUCGCGGCUUGACUCGUGUUCAAGAUACCGAUGACGCAGAGUCGUUCGACGAGUCCCGUGGCGGGCGUCAAGGCAAUACGAUCGUGUUGCCCGACGUGAAUCCUUUUGCACAACCAGACGAUGGCCCUCGCAACUCACGGCAAGGCGGUGUGUCAAAUAGCAGACCUAGUACUCGAGAUGACCCCCGCGCCCGUCCUGGCCGCAAUGGGAAUCAGAGUCGUGGUGUCAUUCCUAUAGGGCACCAUAAUCCCUACGCCAGUGGUCCUCGUAUUGUGGAGCAUCAACCGACCGAGUCCGAGGAAGAAGAAGAGGAGGAGGAGGAAGAGGAAGAGGAGGAAGAGGAGGAAGAAGAAGAAGAAAUUGAUUAUCCUCCCUCCCCACCACCCCAGCCUACUCGCCGUGUAAAUCAAACCGAACGAGGGCCCCGCCCCAGGACUCACGAUAAUCGGACCCGCCCCAAUGAGCCUCAACGGUCGAGAAAUCAAAGGAACCAGUCUCGCGUGGCUGAUCCUCAAAACGACGAUCGACUGGUUAUCAGUUGGGUAGAUGACGCUCCCGUAUCCCCGCCUCGUCCACAUGGCCAUCACCAUUCGUCCAGGAGCGGCACCGAUUCGGAGUCUUAUUUCACUCUCCGACCAGGCGCCCAUAGCGAACGUUCGGUCUCACCUGGUGGUCGUGUCCACCGUUCUCACUCGCAUAACCAUCACUCGCACCAUCACCAUGGUCACCACCACCGCCAUGACCGGCUGUGCAGCCUUUGCCCCAGCCUGACCAUCCCAACAUGGCAGCCGCCCUUCCCCAUGCCUCCCGCCGACUGGUCGGGAUACGGUGCUCCUCGCUCUCCGUAUAGCCCUGCUCCGCCAUAUCUCUACGGACACCCGGUUUAUGCAAACAUUCCUCACUUGCCGAGCUUGCUUGACCAAUGUCGUGCUCCUUACCCUCCACUCCCAGUAGCACCUGUUGCCUUUUUACGUGACCUCCAAGCUCAAAGUUCCCAAGGAGCUACCAGUCCUUUGCCGGCAUUACCCCCCGUACCUCAGCUACCUGGACCAGCCAAGCUCGAAGAAUGGAAGCACGUUCUAGAAUUUUUGCUCGGAAAUCAGACAGAUUUAUUCAUACCCAAGCUACAGGCUCAGAUUUUUGACACUGCGCCGGUCGACCGUGUUUUCCGCAGACUGACAAGCACCGUUCAAGUCCGUUUCGGAGAACGUCAGGGAAGCGAUAUUAUCAACCGCGUUCAUCUUGUCCCCCGCGGAAACCUUGCCAUGGGAACUAUCUUGGCAGGAAAUCCAAAGAUGGAUGUUGACCUUGUAAUACCAAGUGAUUUCAUCCUUCGGCGAUGGAACGUCACUGCUUCGGAAACAGACGACCUUCGUCCCAGGACUAUUGCCGACGCACUCGAUCUGCACCCGGCUUCUAUCAAUCGGGGCGAGAUCGAAGCUGCCAAACUCCAAUGGGUGUUCCAAGCGAUUUGGGAACAACUCAACGGCAGUGCCGACGGCUUUAUUUUCCCCGGCGGAAGAGAAGAAGCCGAACGGUAUCUCCCUAGGGAUUGGUGCAACCGGCAUAAAGACUCGGUCUCGGAUUCUAACCGGCUUCGGUUGAUUACUGUGGGCGGAGUUCCGCCGCUCAAGAUCAACGUCUUUGUCAAGGUCUCGUUGUCCCUGUAUGGUCAGGAUAUGAUUGUCGGUGUCGAUCGGACGAGUGCAAAGGUUGCGGAUAAAUACCAGCUCAUCAAAACACUUCGUACUCCUGGAGUUUCGUUGUCAGAACCUCCUCUUUCAGCAAAUCUCAAGACUGCAAUCUUCCUUUUGUGCUGGUCGCAAUCUCUUCUGAAGCUGGAAGGCGUCCCUAAAAUCCCGGGCAUCUCCACUAUCCGCUCAAGUCAUUUCCUUCUUGCGCUCACGGCCCUGCAGAAGCUCGACUCUUCGGACAAACUUUACAUCCCCCCUUCGUCCACCCCAGAGCCAUUCUCGCUCUGUGCGGUUCUCAAGGCUGUGGUCAAGAUUUUGAAUUUCUUGGAUCGCGCGUAUCAAAGCCCGGUCACGAUUCCUUCUGUCAGUGGCGGUGGUUCAUUGUUUGCAUUCCCCUUGGGAUCGUGCACUAUCAUGGAUACUUUGGCUCUCCAAAUCCCGCCUCUUGAACAGUUGAUCGUUCGCGCAGGCCUCAAGCUGGCUUUGGCUCAAUUCUUCCCGCUCGAAGCAGCCCUGUCGGCCAUGAACUUUGGAUCGCUUUUCGAUGAUGUUGCGAAAGAGGCGGCAGAAGCAGCAGCCAAAAAGGCCAAGGAAGCCUUGGGUGACGCAGCUGAGGAUGUCGUGAAAGGUUUGGCAGAGGGUGACGGUCUUCCGAAUGGCGAGGGGUCCAAUGGAAAUGAGCCUAGCCAGGGACCCGAUCAAGGAGUGUCUUCCAAAGAUGACUCGGGCGCUGGUAAAGAUACCAAUGUCGAGGGGUCGACAACAGGUCCUACAGAACAAUCUUCCGACAAACAAUCUCCAAAGAGUAAAUCUGACGAAAAGGCCACUUCAAACGAUCCUAAAACUCCCCUUGUAACGUCCCCGAAAGGUGGAAGAAAGGGGCCUAGUUCCGUGACUGGGUCCGUGACUGGCCAAUCCCAGGGUAAAGGGGCUGUGGGUAAAGACAAGAACGAGAAAGCGAAAAAGUAG